UGAAAAACGCGAUGAGGCACGAGCGUGCACGACUGCACGAGCAGCAGCAGCAGCAGCAACACUGAGCAACACUAGCAACAACAGCAGCCGUCAGCGGCUAGACACGAGGAUCGUGCGCGUGAACAUCUUUGUCGUCGCUCCUUCGUCGCGAUCUUUUUUUUGUCUCCGAGACGAUCUCUGAUCUGAAACGACCGGACGUCGUUGGUGGUGAGUGUGCCCGUGUGUAUGCAGUGUAUGAAUGUGCGCGCGCGCGCGCACGCGCGCGUCCAACGCUGAAACGCUCUUGUAACGCUCGUCGUGUCGUGUCAGUGUCCAGGUGCGUCGAUCAGUAGUGAUCGCGGCGAUUGUUUCGCAUAAUUGGAAUGAGAUCGUACGAUCUCACGUUGCGACAUCCACGUAAAUGACGCAGGUCCGGCCUCCAGGCUGAAAUCCGGGCGUUCGUUGCUCGUCUUCGGCUAGGAAAAAUGUCCGGGGACAUAAGGAGUAACGCGACGGCGGUGGCGGCGGCAACGACGACGACGAAGACGAUAACGACGAUGAUAACGACGACAACAACGACGAUGACUACAAUGAUGAUGGCUUUUCGUCGUUGAUGAUCCUCAAUGACCAUUUAUGAACGAGCACGAACAAAUCUGGAAGCAUUCCUCUGUUUUUUUCGCUACUCGAAGGAUCGACAAAUGCGGCCGAAUGAGUCGACGUAUCAUCUCGCGGCAAGUCUUGCUUGAGAUUAUCGUCGGUUUGACUGAAAAGUUGCAACGGAUACGUAAUAGUAAGCUUUCCAUCAAGACUGCCAAUGUAAGACUGAAUUACUGAUGCAUGGCAUAAUCGUCUUUGAUGUCAAGUACGGUCAGCAUCAAUGGGAAACUGUUUUUCGUGCUUCAAGGUGCCACUUCCACCAUCGACCAGCACUAAUCAAUCAAUUGUAUUGGAACAUAAAGACGAAACAAUGGAACUCAGAGGUUUGUUCCCAAAUUCUUGCCAACAAUCUGGUUCUUUUGUGCCUGAAACACAUGCAAAUGGAAACAGAAAGCCUACAAGUACGUUAUCUACGUUUAAUAAUGUAGGCUCGGAUAAUUGUGGAUCUGUACCUAAUGUACAAAGUACGCUGCGCUUAUCGCGAGGGUUCUAUGCACGAUUACAACCACUAGGACGAUCUAGUACAUCGUCGGGUCUCAAUUUAAAUACCGAACCCAGGCAGCAAAAGGAACCAUCGGAGAGCAAACUAAAUGCACUUUUUGACCAAUACAAGGAUCCUCAUGAAGAUGUAAUAUUAGCUGAUGGUAUAGAAAGACUCUGUGAUGAUUUACAAUUGUCACCUGAUGAAUUUAAAGUACUUGUGCUUGCAUGGAAAUUAAAUGCAGAGCAAAUGUGCCAAUUCACGCGUCAGGAAUUUGUCAUGGGAUUAAAAGCGAUGAAGGUCGAUAGUAUUCGUGGUAUACAGGCACGAUUGCCUGAGAUCGUUCAGGAAUUGACGAUCAAUAGUGAUUUGUUCAAGGAUCUCUAUCGAUUCACAUUCCGAUUUGGCCUCGACGUGACGUCUGGUCAAAGAAUCUUACCAGCUGAUAUGGCGAUCGAUCUUUGGAGACUUGUUUUCACGAUACGUGAACCUCCGCUCUUAACGAGAUGGCUAAACUUUCUAGAAUGUCAUCAUAUUCGAGGGAUACCUAGGGACACUUGGAAUAUGUUCCUAAACUUUGCCGAGAGCAUCGGAGACGAUCUUGGUGCUUAUGACGAUGCGGAAGCGUGGCCAAGUUUAUUUGAUGACUUUGUAGAAAACGAAAACGACCAAAUGAACCAAAAUAUCACUAAAGAUGAUAUUAUGAAAGAUACUUCUAUCGACAAAGCUUAAUGUUCUUGUUUUAAGAAAAGUAAUGCUGAAUCGAAAGGUAUUAUCUUUGAAUCAUUCAACAUUAUUCUGCGAUCGACAUUUUAUUCUUAUCAGUAUGAUCAAGGAAGUGAUACUUCUGAUUAUAAUUAUUAUACUUGUCCUUUUUUAACAUCUAUUUGUUAUUGCGUCAUUUUGUUAAUAUUCGGUAUUCUAUUUCCUAAUGUAAAUAUAGCUUAUUAUGUGUAAUAUUUAAUUGUGUGUAUUUUCGCGCGUGCGUGCGUGCGAGCGAGUGAGCGAGUGUGUGUGUGUGUGUGUGUGUGUGUGUAAGUGUGAGUGAGAGAGAGCGCACAAUACGCGAGAAAUCUCCGUAUUACAGAUUUUAAUGUGCUAGUGGCAAAUUUAUAUAUUAUCAUGUAUUUGUUUUAUAUGAACAAAGUACAUUAUCAAAGUUGUAUUUUUACAUUUUGUCUGACCAUAAUGAUAUACAUCUAACGAGACAUAUUAUGUUCUAUGCAAUUAAUAAUGCAAUUGCUUAUAAUAAUGAACGUGAUGAAUAAUCGUAUCAAGAGAUAUAAUUGUGCUUAUUUAUUGUGUGGGUCAGUUACAUGGACGCGCGAUGUCAGAUAGAUUAUUAUCCGUUUUACGGAAUGUUAUUUUAUAGAAAAUCUAGAAUGUAUACAAAUAAUUGCAUAAGACUAUUGCUUUUUUCAUUAAGUUGUGAUAUGUAUAAACAGUGUAUUUUUAAAUUAUACAUAUUGAUAUAAAGUAAAAAGAGAUAAAAAAUUAUAAAAUUUUGAUACAGCGAUGAAUAAAAUUAUAGCUUUAAAAAACACAAGUAGAACUGAAUAUUGCCAAUAUCAUAUGUGAUAUUCGUUUGUAUAUUGAAUUAUAUUUAUACUACAUGAAAAGAAUUAUAUUAUUGAUUUAAUAA